GCCGCGCACCCGCAGUGCCUGGACUUCAGGCCGCCCUUCCGGCCGCCGCAGCCGCUGCGCUUCUGCGAGCAGUACUCGGCCUUCGGCUGCUGCACGGCCGAGCAGGACGCGGCGCUGGCCCGCCGCUUCGGGGCCCUGGCCGCCCGCGUGGACGCCGGCCAGUGGGCUGAGUGCGCCGGCUACGCUCUCGAUCUCCUGUGCCAGGAAUGCUCGCCCUACGCAGCGCACCUGUACGACGCCGAGGACCCGUCCACGCCGCUGCGCUCGGUGCCCGGGCUGUGUGAGGACUACUGCCUGGACAUGUGGCAGACGUGCCGCGGCCUGUUCCGCCACCUCUCCGCCGACCGCGAGCUCUGGGCGCUGGAGGGCAACCGCGCCAAGUUCUGCCGCUACCUGGCCCUGGACGACGCCGACUACUGCUUCCCACGCCUGCUGGUCAACGAGAACCUCAACUCCAACCUGGGCCGGGUGGUGGCUGACGCCAAGGGCUGCCUGCAGCUCUGCCUGGAGGAGGUGGCCAACGGGCUGCGCAACCCCGUGGCCAUGGUCCACGCGCGCGACGGCAGCCACCGCUUCUUCGUGGCCGAGCAGGUGGGGCUGGUGUGGGCUUACCUGCCGGGCCGCGCCCGUCUCGAGAGACCCUUCCUGAACAUCAGCCGGGCGGUGCUCACCUCGCCCUGGGAGGGCGACGAGCGGGGCUUCCUGGGCCUGGCCUUCCACCCGCGCUUCCGCCACAACGGCAGGCUCUACGUGUACUACUCCGUGGGCGUGGGCUUCGAGGAGUGGAUCCGCAUCAGUGAAUUCAGACUCGCCGAGGACGACGUGAACUCCGUGGACCACGGCUCUGAGAGGAUAAUCCUGGAAAUUGAAGAGCCGGCCUCUAACCACAACGGGGGACAGCUGCUCUUUGGGGACGAUGGCUACCUCUACAUCUUUACCGGGGACGGCGGGAUGGCUGGAGACCCCUUUGGAAAGUUUGGGAAUGCCCAAAACAAGUCAUCCCUGCUGGGCAAGGUGCUGCGUAUCAACGUGGACCACACGGAGCGUGGCACGCCCUACCGCAUCCCACCUGACAACCCGUUCGCUAGUGACCCGUCCGCUCGGCCUGAGGUCUAUGCACUGGGCGUCCGCAACAUGUGGCGCUGCUCCUUCGACCGUGGGGACCCCGCAACGGGUGCAGGCCGUGGGCGUCUCUUCUGUGGUGACGUGGGCCAGAACAAGUUCGAGGAGGUGGACCUGGUGGAGCGCGGCCGCAAUUACGGCUGGCGCGCCCGCGAAGGCUUCGAGUGCUACGAUCACAAGCUGUGUGCCAACUCCUCCCUCGAUGAUGUGCUGCCCAUCUUCGCCUACCCACACAAGAUGGGCAAGUCAGUCACUGGGGGUUACGUGUACCGGGGCUGCGAGUACCCCAACCUUAAUGGCCUCUACAUCUUUGGGGACUUCAUGAGUGGGCGUCUCAUGUCCCUCCGAGAGAAGCCAGGCACAGGCCAGUGGAGUUACAGUGAGGUCUGCAUGGGCCGUGGGCAGACGUGCGCCUUCCCUGGCCUCAUCAACAACUACUAUCCACACAUCAUCUCCUUCGCAGAGGAUGAGGCUGGGGAGCUGUACUUCAUGUCCACCGGACUGCCGAGCGCCACGGCUGCACGUGGGGUCAUCUACAAAGUGAUCGAUCCUUCCAGGAGGGCGCCACCAGGCAAGUGUCAAAUCCAGCCAGCCCAGGUCAAGGUGAAGAGCCGUCUCAUCCAGUUUGUGCCCAAAGAGAAGUUCAUCCGGAAGAAGGAGAGCACCCCACGGCCCACGGUGCGCACGCCCACCAAGGCCCUGGCGAAUGGCGCGGUGCGCCUGGUGCGGCCCGCUGGCCUGAGCGCGGGCCGUGGGCGCGUGGAGGUGUUCGCGGGAGGGCGCUGGGGCACCGUGUGUGACGACGCCUGGGACUCCAAGGCCGCUGCCGUGGUGUGCCGCCAGCUGGGCUUUGCGCACGCGGUGCGCGCGGUGAAGCGCGCGGAGUUUGGCGAGGGCCGCUCGCUGCCCAUCCUGCUGGACGACGUGCGCUGCACCGGGAAGGAGCCCAACCUGCUGGCGUGCGCGCAUGCCGGCGUGGGCACGCACAACUGCGGUCACCAAGAGGAUGCGGGCGUCGUGUGCAGCCACCAGGACCCCAGCAUCUAG